AUGAAUCUAUUCGGCAUCUUCCAUAAAAAGAAACACAGGUCAGUUUGAGUCUUUUUAAGAGAGUUUUAUACCAUUUUGAUCAGUUUUGAUGACUUUACCUAAAAUAAUAUUCUAAAAAUUUUUUGGUUGUCUAAAACAAUAUCAAAAAGUUGCUGCUGCGUCUAAAAUAAUAAAAUUUCAGCGCUGCCAAGACUCCAGUCCACACUCCUCCUUGCGAAAAUGACGAGUUUCAAAUGAAAACAUCGGUGUGGGUUACUGUAGUUUCGAAAACAAACUUUACUUUUAGGGCAGCCGAGCAUUCGAAGAGAGCGAAGAAUGCCAACAAAAUGGAGAAAAGCAGGAGAUCGAAGACGUAAGUAGCCUACAACAAGAAUAGUUUCUUUUUUAGUCAUAGCCGUGAUUCCACUUGCGUCAAAAAGAAUCCGAAGGAAAAAGACAAGGACGAAUGUGAUAUCGAGGAAAUUGUCAAAGACGAGAAAUGCAAGAAUGUGCUGAGAGAGGGGGACUUGGAGAGAUACAUUUUGAUAGGAAGGAGGAUCAUCGAAGAGGAAUUUGUGAAACAAACAGAGGAAGCGGCCAGAAAUGGGGAGAGAAUGAGGGAAAAGUCGGUCGCGGAAAAGAAAGCUAACUGUCAGUUCAAAAAUGUAAUACUUGAUGAGCUGAUUACAGAUUUUUUUAUAACCUUUUGUGUUUUUCAGGUCCCAAAAGCGACGCUUCGAGCAAGAUAAAGGCGAAGAAGAAGGUAAUCAAGGAGGACAAGGACUCCAUUGACUCCAAACCGUCCAGUGAAUCCAAAGAGUUUAGGGAACCAAGAUCUGGAGAAGCCAAGGUGUCCAAGGUUGGUUCUGCCGAGGCCAAAGUAUCCAAAGAAGGCAUCAAACCUGUCAAAAAAGAUCUUUCCAAAGCUCUGCCCUCACCACAAGACGAUGGAGUCAGAAGGAACAGUGAAGCCAAAGAUUCCAAGGGAUCUGGAGUAGCCAAGGUGUCCAAAAUUGGUUCUAUCGAGGUCAGAGAAGACGUCAAAUCUCUCAAACAAGACCGGUCCCAAGUAAUGCCCUCGAUACAAGAUUAUGGAGCCAAAAGGAUUCCUGUGUUCGUGCCCAAUCAGAUCACCCCGACAAAAUCUGUGAGUAAACCCCCUCAGGCAAAAAAGAAAUUAAUUUUCUUUUCAGCCAUCGUAUACUAUCGAAUACCGUCUGGUUCAAGGACAAAUGGUCGCUAGAUACGUCCCAAAGCAGUGA